AUGAUGGAUAUGACAUGGCAGUGCCAAGUCAUUUGCCAUGUCAUUACAGCAUCCACCAGCCACGGAAAUGCAACCACUGCCUCUUACAUAACCGGAUAGUGUGAGUGUGAAACACUGAAGAUAAUCUCCAGGGCGGUGUCACAGAGAUGUUCACCCUCGUCGCCGGUUCUGUACCGGCGGGUUUGGGAGCAACGGCGAAAUGCGGAAGCCUCUGGCAAUUCAGAGCAACUGCCGAUGUGUUCCCUUCAUUCAUUCCGAAAGAAGUCGAGAGAAUCAAAGACCCAUUUGCUCGAAAGCUAGCGACAAGGAUCGAGAGACUACCUGUGCAGCUUAGCUCCUCUAACAGUUGUAUCAUGAGCAGUUGCGUGAAGCCAUUAUCACCAAGCAAGACAAGUCCAGUGGUUCUCCUCCAUGGUUUUGACAGCUCCUGUUUAGAAUGGAGAUACACAUAUCCGCUGCUCGAGGAGGCUGGUUUAGAGACAUGGGCUGUUGACAUUCUUGGUUGGGGCUUCUCUGAUUUAGAAAGGCUUCCAUCUUGUGACGUGGCAACUAAGCGUGAUCACUUUUAUCAGCUUUGGAAGUCCCACAUCAAAAGGCCAAUGAUAUUGGUUGGACCAAGCCUUGGUGCUGCAGUUGCAAUUGACUUUACAGCUAACCAUCCAGAAGCUGUUGAUAAGCUGGUCUUAAUUGAUGCAAGUGUAUAUACAGAAGGCACGGGAAACCUAAUGAAGUUACCCAGGGCGGUUGCCUAUGCUGGGGUCUAUAUAUUGAAGAGCAUUCCUCUGCGCUUUUAUGCAAAUGUUUUGGCUUUCAAGAGUAUAUCAUUCACUAGAAGCUCAGACUGGACAAAAGUGGGCCGCCUACAUUGUCUAUAUCCCUGGUGGGAGGAUGCAACUGUGAAUUUUAUGAUUAGUGGGGGUUAUAAUGUUAGUUCUCAGAUACAACAGGUAAAGAAGAAGACACUUAUCAUAUGGGGUGAGGAUGACCAGAUAAUCAGCAACAAGCUUGCUGUGAGGUUACAUUGUGAAUUGCCGAAUGCAAUUAUAAGCCAAAUACCAGAUUGUGGGCACCUCCCUCAUGUGGAAAAGCCUCACUCUGUUUCCAAGUUGAUUAUGGAAUUUGUUCAAGAGGAUAGCUAUAAAGAGGCCCAAUGCAUUUCCCAGUAUUGAAGGAGAUGGAGUCAUUUAAAGAAAAACGAAAACAGAAGUUAUUGCUGGAACGCCCUCAAGUAGCUGUGUAAUUGCGCAUGGUUAGAGCGUACCAUCAGAGGCAACCGGUUAUUGUACCCUAGAGGUAGACCGUUCCUGCUGCAUUAAGAUAUUAUCUCAGGGGAGCGAGAUUUAUUUUAAGGGUAGUGAUUACACACCUGAGCCAGUCCUGAUAAGUUUUCCUGUUCAUAUUUCGAUUCUAUAAUUUUAGUUUCUUGCAUUUUUAUUCCUAUGAUUAUUUGCCUAUAUUUAGUAGGAUUACCUGGUUUAAAUGAUAAUUUUCAACAUAAACCAGCAUGUCUCUUCAAAUGAUUGAUUUUUCUUGUUACAGUGCCAAAAUGGGCUUGCAUACUAUUGGAGAUUCAUCCUUGUCUUGUUGUGGCACAAGAUUUAUUUUUCGAAUUGAUCAUUGUUGUAUACUGAUUAGAAGUAGCAAAACAUGCUUUAUUUUUUAAUGGAACUUAUUUCUGUGAA